AUGGUGGGAACCAAUGGCGAAACAACUCCCCCUGGUUUUGAUAAGAAACCUUCACUACAAGAUCAGAUGGGACAGAUAUUCGCUUUCAUGUCAAAGAGUCAAAAAGAGAAUGAUUUCUUCAAAGAGAAAACAAUUGAGAAGUUUGGACAGCUGGAGGCCUCUAUGAGGAAUUUGGAAACACAAAUAGGGCAGCUUGCUACAGCUUCUCAUACAAGAACUCCCGGCACCAUUCCAAGUGAUACAGUACCCAACCCCAAGGGAAAUGAACAUUGCAAAGCAGUCACCCUGAGAAGCGGAAGAAAUUUGGAUUCAAUGCCUUUAAUGGACGACCAAGGUUCAGGGAUCUCACUGAUGGCAUUGAAAACUGCUCGUGCCAUUGGUUUGGAGGAAAGAAUGGAGCCUAUUGACAUCGCUCUACAAUUGGUUGAUCACUCCAUAGUGAAGCCCACUGGAAUUGUUGAGGAUGUCUUGGUUAGAAUCGAUAAGUUCAUCAUUCCCUUUGAUUUUAUUGUGCUCGACAUGCCAGAAGAUAAAGAAGUGCCAAUUUUGUUUGGUAGACCAUUUCUAGCAACGGGAGAUGUAUUGCUUGGAGCAAAGGAUAACUCUGUUACAUUCAGAAUUAAUGGUGAGCAACUGACCAUCAAUGUUGAGAAGACCUAUGUUGGUGGUGAAAGUGGUAAGGAAGCAAGAGAGGUGGUCACACUAAAGAGUCCGAAAGUGUAG